GUCCACUCAACGUCACGACACACAGAGUAAAGAUAAAAGAGCCAAAAAAAAAUUUAGAAAAUAAUUUAGUGCGUGGUAAUACGUGUGAAUAUUAUAUUCCAAGUUAAUUAAUUGUGUUAAAAAAAAUGUCUUACGCUUAUCUGUUCAAGUACAUUAUAAUCGGAGAUACAGGAGUUGGUAAAUCAUGUCUGCUACUGCAAUUCACUGAUAAACGAUUUCAACCAGUUCAUGAUUUAACAAUUGGCGUUGAGUUUGGCGCUCGUAUGAUAACCAUCGAUGGAAAACAAAUAAAAUUGCAGAUAUGGGAUACGGCGGGUCAAGAGGCUUUCCGCUCAAUAACAAGGUCCUACUACCGUGGAGCCGCUGGUGCACUUCUUGUUUAUGACAUUACUCGCAGGGAAACGUUCAAUCACUUGACUACGUGGCUCGAGGACGCUCGACAACACUCAAAUUCAAACAUGGUGAUAAUGCUGAUUGGCAAUAAGAGUGAUCUCGAUGCUAGGAGGGAAGUUAGGAGGGAGGAGGGUGAGGCUUUUGCACGGGAACAUGGACUUGUCUUCAUGGAGACCAGUGCCAAGACUGCUGCCAAUGUUGAGGAGGCAUUUAUCAACACUGCUAAGGAAAUAUAUGAGAAAAUACAGGAGGGAGUGUUUGACAUCAAUAAUGAGGCAAAUGGAAUAAAAAUUGGACCCCAGCACUCUCCAACAAGUCCAGGCGGUCUCUCCGGCACUGGUGGCCAGGGGAGUGCACAAGGUGGUGGCUGCUGCUAGGGGCUGGGGGUAGCCUGUCCGCCCCUUCAUCCAACUUCAAUAUAAACUUAUCAUUCCUGCUCCACCCACCAACAGAACUAAAUCAAUUACCGGAAAUCGUGAAAAAGUAAUUUUUAAUUUAUGAAAAAUGAAGGAAAAAACCUAUUGUGUCCCAAAGGUUUAAUGUCGCGUUCAGGUAACGAGUGUCAACUAUUUAUUCAUUUAAUAAAUGAUGAAGAUUAAAAUCUAACAAUCUCAUAGUGGAAUAUGUAAUCCAAGUCUGAGUUUUGUAUAUACGCAUUUUCCAUGGAAAAAUUAAUCCAAUGCUUUGUGGUAGAAUUUAUUGGGUUAUCGAACAGUCCAGUGAUUUGGACUAUGGGAGAAUGUAAUUCCACAGUUUACGAUCAAUUUGCUAUCAAACAAAUUCAGAGGAUAUCUGAAUUAAUCAGUGAAUCUGUGGAAGGGAUAAGUAAUGUAAUCAUAAAUAAAUCAAAAUUCAGUCCUUGGAGAUGAGUAAGAAUUUAAUAGAGCAGGAAUGUCUAUCACUCGUCCACCUACCAGAGCGACACUAUGUAUAUGUAUGUGUACCUAUUGGUGUACCUAAACGAGAAAAACAAAACGAUGAAAAUAAUAAUGAUUUUCUCGAAUUAUUUUGAGUUCUUAAUGAUCAUUUAGCUUGAACAAAUAUAAUCCAACUUGACGUUAUAAUUUUAAAUAGAAAAUAAAUGCCUAACAUCAGUGUCAUUAUGGUAAUUACACCUGUGACUCAAAUUCAGGGCUGGGAUUAAAUUAAUGUACAUUUUAAUUGAAACAAUAAUUAAUUUGCGUGAUCCAUUCUCUUUGUAUUUUCUAGUUUUUAUUUACAAUGCCCAGAUCUGUAGGGUAUCUUUGCUGAAAGAGAAAUUAUGUAAUUUUUGUUCAGUGAGUUAUCAGUGAUUAACAAUUAAAAUUUCAAUAAUUAAAUGCACAUACUGAGUGUAUUGCUUUCAAAUACUAGUCAAUUUAAAUUAGAAUCUAAGUACAUUUCUCUCACAUUCAGAAUAACGUAUGAAAAAUCAUUCAAAUUGAAGUGCAAUAAAAUUAUACAUAAAACAUACCGGAAAAAAAUACAAGUUGCUUAUUAUAAAACAAUCAUACAUGACUACUUUCACCAAAGACACCCUGUAAUUUGAUAAAUACUUAUAUAUAUUUCAUGUAAGUUGAUUUAAUAUAUGUAUACAUAAACAAACAGAA